CACACGAAUUAUUGACAUAGGAAUAAAUGUAAAUAUGUUAAUUUCGUUUAUUUAAAAUUCGUUUCGACACGAUCGCGAGGUUCCUUAUCAAGCUCUGGCUAAAGUACAACAUAAAACAUAAUAAGUAACGUAAUUUUUCAUUAAUUUUUGUGACAGAUAAGUCUGCCUGAAUCCGUACAACUAGACAAUGUUUCACAGGAAUAUUAUAGUACAUAAUAAAGUGAUUAAUAUCCGAAAAUCAUGAUAAAGGAUUCAGUAUAUCUGGUUACUGGAGGAAUAUCAGGAUUAGGCAGGGGUGUAGCUGAGAAGCUGUUAAAUGAAGGCGCUAGUGUAGCUAUUUGUGACUUGAAAUUGCCUGAGGAAAAUGAUAGUUUACGAUCUUUUGUGGACAGGGUGAUGUUCUUUCAAGUUGACGUCACUUCUGAAAAGGAAAUUUUAAAUGCUCUUGAUGUGAUUAAAAGAAAGUUUAACAAAUUAAAUGGUGUGAUUAAUUGUGCUGCCGUAAACUUGCAACAUCCCGUAUACGAUUUUGAGAAACACGAACCCCAUAGUUUACAAGAAUUCACAACUAUUAUUAAUGUAAAUUUGAUUGGAACUUUUAAUGUUAUUAGGCUUUCUAUUCCAUUAUUGAUAGAAAAUGCCCCAAAUACAAAUGGAGAAAGAGGAAUAAUCGUAAAUACAUCAAGUACUCUUGGUCAUCAAGGCACAACAAAUAAAGUCGCGUAUGCAGCUAGCAAAGCAGGUAUUAUUGGUAUGACUCUACCUUUAGCCAGAGAAUUAUCUGAGCAUGGUAUAAGGGUAGUGGAUAUUGCACCAGGUAUUUUUAACACAUCCACCUUUAAACAUUUGCAAGAGAAGUCCAACAAUGGAAAAUUUUUGGGCUUUCCCAAAAGAGCAGGGAAGCCAGCGGAAUAUGGCGAUUUCGUUAAAGCAGUAAUAGAAACACCGAUGCUUAAUGGAUCUUCAGUUAGAUUGGAUGGUGCUGCGAAAAUAUAAUAUUCAUUUAAUGUGAUACGUUUAAAAAUGUUUAUUAUUAUGGAAUAUAUUACACUUAUAUUAAAGAAA